GAGAUGUGAAGAUGGCAGAGUCACCCUGCAAAGGGGCAUGGAAGCUGGGAGAGGAAAGAGGUGUGGUGUUUUUACCACACAGAAUUCAGGUUUCAUCUGAUAAGCUUUUCUGAGGAUGUUAUUUGAGGAUGCACUUCCACAGAACCAAGAAAGAGGAGGGCAUGUAGACAGGGAAUCCAGGAGCAUUGAGGGGGUGCAGUAGAACAGAUGGCAUGAAGGAAUGUUAGAAAGAAGGGAGAAAAAACAAACCAGGGACUUGAAUCUGGCUCCACCAUUCGAUGGGUGCUUUGUAGUCACUAAAAGACCUUUGCAAUAAAAAGCUAGGUGGUAGGAUAAGCUCUUCUUUGUGAAGAGAGAGACCGUGCUUGGCUGUGCCUGGGCAGUGAAGCCCAUCACUGAAGGUUCUUAAAGAUGGGACUUGGGACCAGGGAAGAGAAGACUGAGGUGGGAGGGAGGCUUGCAAUGGGUACCCUUUUUGUUGUUUGGUUUUUUAAACCAGGUGAUCGUAUUAUCCUUGUUACAUUUUAAGAAACUAGUUAAUGCGAUGGGUUGGGAGAUGAUGAGAGAGGUAACCAGAUGAGGAAACAUCAGGAAUAGUGCUGGCCCAGGGGUCAGUGGGCUGGAAGUGUGGUGGAGGACCUUGGCUCCAGCCACCACCCUGACCCAUUGUGACCUCUCUGUGCCUAGACCUUUGUGACAGUCUCCCCAGGGGAGACCUGAGCUAUGACACCCUGAGUGCCCUCAGUAAGAGGGUGGCAGUUGGGCCCAGGUCCAGAAUCUGGACCUGGGAUAAGGAAGGGGUCACAGGGAGAUAUGAAAGGGCCAAAAACCCUGGGCCCCUGUAGCCAUCAUCACCCUCAGUGCCCCUCAUCCCCAGCACAGAGCCAUGGAAGAUACCUGGAUCAGCCCUACCAGGGAUUUGUAAGGUGGCCCUGCCUGGUCUCCCUCACCUCCACUCACCCUGUGGGGUCUGUGAGGCCUUUCCCAUCCCCAGAGGCAGGGGAUGGGGCAUCCAGGGUGUAGGGUGAGGCACACAGGGUCUCUACCUUUGGCAAAGAGGGAAAGACACAGUGACAGAGACAGAGCAACCAUUCAGGGGCAAGCCAAAAAGAGGUGGCAGCAGGGCUGGGGUGGGGGGUACCGCUAUACUUAGGGGGAGGGCAGGGGGUGCCCAGGCAAGGGAGGGUCCCUGGCUCAGGGCCUGGACCUGCCUGCCCUUAGCCAGUGGGAGGGAUCACAGCCUCAUCCAGGGCAGCUGCCUCCCAGCUCCAGAACCCACCGCCGGUGCCUGCAGAACAGUCUUUCCUCCAGCUGGAGCAGGAGAACCAGUGCCUGAAAAGGCAGAACCAGGACCUGCAGAAGCAGCUGGAGGCCCUCCUGGGACCAGGUCACCAGUUCCUGCCCUUGUGCCCCAAACACUCGGGCUGCAUGGCCCUGGCCUGGCCUUCGGACCUGGCUGGGGCCCGGCCCCUGGAGGCCAGGGGGCCCCUACAGGUGCUGCGGCGGGAGGUAUGCCGGGGGGAGGAGGCGUUUGUGCAGCAGUCCCAGAAUGAGCUGCAGCAGAUCCGCCUGUCCUUUGAGAGGAAGAAGAUGGCCAUCACUGAGGUGUGGGAUGGCGUGGCCGAGGUGCACAUGGCCCUGAACAACCAGGCCACUGGGCUCCUGAACCUCAAGAAGGACAUCCGGGGUGUGCUGGAGCAGAUGGAGGACAUUCAGCUGGAGAUUCUGGGGGAGCGCGCCGAGUGCCGCACCCAGGCCAGGAAAGAAGAGCAGUUGGCUUGCAUAGUGCACUGGAGUCCCCAUCCUUCCCCUCCUCUCAGCAUCACACCCCCGCCCCACACCCCAAAGCAGUCUCUGACCCGACCCCCUUCCCAGCAGAAGUCGAGGCCGCAGGUGGGCUGUUUCGAUGCCUUCAAAGGCCAGCUCUGGCUGCUGGCCCUGAGGCUGCUGCUGGGUGCCCUGCUGGCUUGCAUCACCGCCUACGUGUACGUGGUAGACCCCGAGCCUUUCGAGGGGCUGGUGCCGCCCCUGCUGAGCCGCGCCACAGUCUGGAAGCUCCGGGCCCUCCUGGACCCAUUCCUGCGCCUCGAGGUGGAUGGCUUCCUGCCCUUCUAG